AUGGUUUUGCAGCAAUACCCCCCACCAGCAGAGGUAACUGAAGGCCCUGACACAGAGGAGCAGUAUGAUGACCACAGGCAGGAGAUAUAUGGCUGGAGGAAGCUCUGCCUCUACCUGCUGGCACUGCUCCUGCUCUCUACGCUGCUGGUCAACAUUGCCCUGACCGUCUGGAUCCUCAGGGUCUCCUGUCUCAACACAGUGAGUGCAUCCCAAUACUAUUUUCUCGAUUCCUCUCUUCUCACCGCCUCAAAUGUCAGGGGUACCAAGAAGAGCAUGGGGGGGGGGGGGGGGGAUCUGAGGUUCUUCCUCCAAUACUAUUCUCGCUUCCCUCUGAUGUUUUGAGGAGGAGGCCAGGGGAGAGGAUGCAUGGAAUCAAGUUAAAUACUUCUGAGAUUCACACAGUGAGUACAUGCUCUGUCUGAUCUGCUCAGUUCAGUAUCACUGGGUUACAGUGAUAAAACUGUCACUUUAUUAGUACAAGAGCGGUUGCUUAUUACUGGACAUCCUGGAUGAGAGCCUGUCUUGAAAUAGGUUUGAGGAUUGUCCCCCCCCUCUCAUUUUACAAAUGGCUUUAUCUACAAUGAAACACAGGUACUCAUUUGUACACCUUUGUUUAAUUAAAGACCGUCGAGGCAUGUUGGCUGCAUCACAAAACACUUCAGAGGUACGAUAACAGAACUUUAACUUCUCUGGAGGAGAAUAUCGGCAUAGCACAACAACAAGCGAGAAAGAAUGACCAAACAGAGUUUGUAUUAAAAGUUGAUUUCCUCCUGACGAUUUUAGGAAGGAAUGGGGCAGCUGAGAAUAACAUCGGAUCGGGUGAGGCUUGAUGGAGUGUCCGAGUUCCUCUUCUCUCUUUAUGCCCAAGAGAUACACUCCAUACAGGUAAACUAAGUCAAGUGGUUUACAUUGAACAUUUACAUGUCCUCCUGUUUCCUUGAAUUAUCUGCUUACGUCAUCAGAGUGACACUGCACAAAAAUGCUGUUCUCUUGCUUCACAGGACACCUCCCUUCUUAUCCAUUCUGAGUCCCAGAAUGUCACACUCCAAGCCUGCAAUGGGAAAGGAGGUGUGUUAGGUAGCCUUACUCUGGGUAAGAGUCCACCUUUGAGUGACGGAGUUAAGAACGUACCGUAAGUUCACUCCACAGCUAGCUUGACAGAGCCAUCCAAUUGGUACCUUUUGGGUGUCUCAAACCAUUGGAACGUUGUCAAGGAGGGCGGUCACGUGUUGGGAAAGCAGAGGUCCUGAGUUCGAGCUAGGUGUGAGCCGAAUAUGGGGGAGUGGUACUUGCUAAGCAAGCAACGUGACAUUUGCUACAUCUUUAAUAACAAUUGGAUUUAUAGUGGCUUGCAAAAGUAUUCACCCCCCUUGGCAUUUUUCCUAUUUUGUUGCCUUACAACCUGGAAUUAACAUAGAUUUUGGGGGGGGGGUUGUAUUUUUUGAUUUACACAACAUGGCUACCACUUUGAAGAUGCAAAAUAUUUUCUAUUGUGAAACAAACAAGAAAUAAGACAAAAAAACGUGCCCCCCCCCCCCCCCCAAAGUCAAUACUUUGUAGAGCCACCUUUUGCAGCAAUUACAGCUGCAAGUCUCUUGGGGUAUGUCUCUAUAAACUUGGCACAUCUAGCCAAUGGGAUUUUUGCCCAUUCUUCAAGGCAAAACUUCUCCAGCUCAUUCAAGUUGGAUGGGUUCCGCUGGUGUACAUUGUCCUGCUGGAAGGUGAACCUUCGUCCCAGUCUCAAAUCUCUGGAAGACUGAAACAGGUUUCCCUCAAGAAUUUCCCUGUAUUUAGCGCCAUCCAUCAUUCCUUCAAUUCUGACCAGUUUCCCAGUCCCUGCCGAUGAAAAACAUCCCCACAGCAUGAUGCUGCCACCACCAUGCUUCACUGUGGGGAGGGUUUUCUCGGGGUGAUGAGAGGUGUUGGGUUUGCGCCAGACAUAGCGUUUUCCUUGAUGGCCAAAAAGCUCAAUUUUAGUCUCAUCUGACCAGAGUACCUUCUUCCAUAUGUUUGGGGUGUCUCCCACAUGGCUUUUGGCGAACACCAAAUGUGUUUGCUUAUUUUUUCUGUAAGCAAUGGCUUUUUUCUGGCCACUCUUCUGUAAAGCCCAGCUCUAUGGAGUGUAUGGCAUAAAGUGGUCCUAUGGACAGAUACUCCAAUCUCCGCUGUGGAGCUUUGCAGCUCCUUCAGGGUUAUCUUUGGUCUCUUUGUUGCCUCUCUGAUUAAUGCCCUCCUUGCCUGGUCUGUGAGUUUUGGUGGGCGGCCUUCUCUUGGCAGGUUUGUUGUGGUGCCAUAUUCUUUCAAUUUUUUAAUAAUGGAUUUAAUGGUGCCCCUUGGGAUGUUCAAAGUUUCUGAUAUUUUUUAUAACCCAACCCUGAUCUGUACUUCUCCACAACUUUGUCCCUGACCUGUUUGGAGAGCUCCUUGGUCUUCAUGGUGUCGCUUGCUUGGUGGUGCCCCUUGCUUAGUGGUGUUGCAGACUCUGGGGCCUUUCAGAACAGGUGUGUAUAUAUACUGACAGAUCAUGUGACACUUAGAUUGCACACAGGUGGACUUUAUUUAACUAAUUAUGUGACUUCUGAAGGUAAUUGGUUGCACCAGAUCUUAUUUAGGGGCUUCAUAGCAAAGGGGGUGAAUACAUAUGCACGCACCACUUUUCAGUUAUUUAUUAUUUAGAAUUUUUUGAAACAAGUUAUUUUUUUCAUUUCACUUCACCAAUUUGGACUAUUUUGUGUAUGUCCAUUACAUGAAAUCCAAAUAAAAAUCAAUUUAAAUUACAGGCUAUAAUGCAACAAAAUAGGAAAAACUUCAAGGGGGUUUAAUACUUUUGCAAGGCACUGUAUAUAGUGCUUUUAUUUGACCCAAAGGCGCUUCCAAGGAAUCAAAUCCAAAAUGAGUAUAUACACUGAACAAAAAUAUAAACGCAACAUGUAAAGUAUUGGUCCCAUGUUUCAUGAGCUGAAAUAAAAGAUCCCCAACAUUUCUCUCAAAUGUUGUGCACAAAUUUGUUUACAUCCCUGUUAGUGAGCAUUUCUCCUUUGCCAACAUACUGUAAUCCAUCCACCUGACAGGAGUGGCAUAUCAAGAAGCUGAUUAAACAGCAUGAUCAUUACACAGGGGCACCCUGUGUUGGGGACAAUAAAAGGCCACUCUAAAAUGUGCAGUUUUGUCACACAACACAAUGCUACAGAUGUCUCAAGUUUUGAGGGAGCGUGCAAUUGGCAUGCUGACUGCAGGAAUGUCCACCAGAGCUGUUGCCAGGGAAUUUAAUGCUCAUUUCUCUACCAUAAGCCGCCUCCUAGAGAAUUUGGCAGUGCGUCCAACCGGUCUCACAACCGCAGACCACGUGUAUGGCGUCAUUUGGGCAAGCGGUUUGUGAACAGAGUGCCCCAUAGUGGCGGUGUGGUUAUGGUAUGGGCAGGAAUAAGCUACGGACAAUGAACACAAUUGCAUUUUAUCGAUGACAAUUUGAAUGCACAGAGAUACCAUGAUGAGAUCCUGAGGCCCAUUGUCGUGCCAUUCAUCUGCUGCCAUCACCUCAUGUUUCAGCAUGAUAAUGCACGGCCCCAUAUCGCAAGGAUCUGUACACAAUUCCUGGAAGCUGAAAAUGUCAAAUUUCUUCCAUGGCCUUCAUACUCCCCAGACAUGUCACCCAGUGAGCAUGUUUGGGAUGCUCUGGAUCGAUGUGUACGGCAUCGUGUUCCAGUUCCUGCCAAUAUCCAGCAACUUCGCACAACCAUUGAAGAGGAGUGGGACAACAUUCCACAGGCCACAAUCAACAGCCUGAUCAACUCUAUGCGAAGGAGAUGUGUCGCACUGAAUGAGGCAAUUGAUGAUCACACCAGAUACUGACUGGUUUUCUGAUCCACGCCCCUACCUUUUUUUGAGGUAUAUGUGACCAACAGACGCAUAUCUUUUUUCACAGUCAUGUGAAAUCCAUAGAUUAAGGCCUAAUUCAUUUAUUUAAAUUGACUUAUAUGAACUGUAUGUAACUCAGUAAAAUCUUUGAAAUUCUUGCAUGUUGCGUUUAUAUUUUUGUUCAGUAUAUAUUUUUACUUUCCAAAUGACACUUUUGGGGUUCAAUAGAUGACUGUGAUAUGAACUGUGAGCUGUGAGUUUCUCUGUGGCUCUGAUAAGAUGCAGACCUACUGGACUUCUAAAUGGAUUUAUGAGAAAUGGACAUAUCAAUAAAGGCUAGGGGCAACUCUGAAGAAUCAGAAAGGAUAGCUUUAAUGUAUUCAAAUCAAAAUGCCAUGGAUGGGAUGCCUCCACAUGAGCCCUAAAAAAUAUGGGCUCAUAUAUUAAAUGUAUGAUGAAUACUUUAUUUCCCUACAUUUGAUGGCUAUUAUAAAGACCCUGUGUGUGUUUGACUAAAGCCCUAAAAUGUACCCUUAUUCAUACCUUUCAUUAACACUCUGAAAUUCUGGCACAAUUCCAUAUAAUAAAAUAUUUAAAAUAUAAGAGGGUGAGAGCAGAUGUCAACAGUAAUUAUCUCCCAAUUUAAUGUAUUCGUGAUCAUUGCACUUUAAAAUGGCAGUGUCCUCUCCUUGUACUAUAUGCCUCAUGAGUGAAAUAUAAAUGUGUUUCGGUAAUGACCCUCAUUAAGCUUACCGUAUACUUCCCAGUCGAAACAGUUUGUGCAUAUGUCACAUUUUGGUUCAUUUUGGUCUUCUGCAGGGUUUUUUUGGCUGUUUGUGCACACACAUUUUUUUCGUGAGGCAAGUCGGAAUUCAGUAGCUGAAGACUACGCCCCUUCAUCUGUGAUUGGUCAACAGUACUACUCCUAGUAGGAGUGGGAACUGUUGACGGGAAGUGUUUGUUGUCAUUCAACGAGAGACGACUAGUUUUCAUGCACAUUUUUUCACUUGAGAAAUACUGCACCAAAUAUGUUAGAUGUAAAAUUACGCGACUAAGACCACUUUCUUGUUUUAUCUCAGAUUUAUUUGGACUAUUUUUAGGAAGUGUAUACUGGCUAUGUUGUUGCUACGGUGCCUUAAGUGGGACAAACAAUAAUAUUGUCGCUUCUUUCUCGUUUUUCAAGCAAAGGUCUUUUAAGGGAGUAUGUGAGCCACAGACGUUCGCUUCGCCUAGCCGAGAUAUGCUAAGAGCAAACCGAACCUAAGUAUGCGGACGCCUUUAGCCAACUCAAUGGAUCCCAUUUAUGAAGCACCUUUCGUUUAAGAAUCUUUAUGUGUUUUUACAUAUUGGGGUUAACUCACAUCUCCCACUACUUAAUGUAUGUAUAUGUGGGUGACAGAACAUUUCUGUUCUGUUGCAUCAAAAUGCUAUGUGGGUAGAUGUCUAGGGAACAUUUGAACUCAAACCACUGUGUGCAUCUAUUUACUUAAAAGUGUUAAAUGUCUGUGUUUUAAUCACUUUGAUAAUAUAAUUGAUUAUUUGUCUUUAGGUCCAAAGAUCAUGGAAACCGUAGGACAACAUUUUGAGGUGAUGUCGAGCACUGGGAAAUUGCUAUUUUCAGCUGGUACAGAACAGGUGGUUGUUGGAGCAGAUAAACUAACAAUUACAGGUAUGUAGACAUUUCACACUAUUCAGAGAGACAGUCCAACUUUGUUGAAUCAUAAAACAUCAUAUGCUAGUUUUGUCUGAUGUAACUAAGGGAUGUGGCAAUACAUACUGUAUCUGCAUACUGAUUCACAUGUUACUAUAAGAACAUAAUCUAAAUUGGGCAGUGCUCCUACAUUUGUGUUCUACAGGGUCUGAUGGUGCUUAUUGUGAACAUUCCAUAGAGACAUCCCUGGUCAGGGCAGAGCCUUCCAAGGACUUGAGGUAACUUUGAAACUUUGAAACCUAAUGGGAGUUUUUCCUGAUCAUAGUGGAGAAAGGCCUUUGCUUUUCUUGUAUUGUUAAAUUAGACUUAUGAUAAUAUUGUAAUCUAUUUGUUGUAACAGAAAUUAUCCCACCUUUGGUAAACACAUACCUUAAGUGAUUAAUGAGAAUUGGACAUUUUACAAUUACCAUAUCUAUCACACAGCAGGGCAACAUUUCCCAAGACGUCUUCUCUCCUCAAUAUAAAUGUCCCAGGCUGCAGCCCAGGUGUAACAGGAACAACAGUCCCCUGCGCUGGGGGUUCUGAGCAGCAUGUGUCUCCUGUGCCAUUGUUAUCUCUCCCUCUAGCUUGGUUCCCCCAGUGUGUGGCCCUCAGAAUGCACAGUGCUCUGCUCCUUCUCUCCCUCAGCAUACAAAGUGUCCUACCUUAUAACGAAUCCUAAUCCUAAUGCCACACACUCCAUGUGCUGCCAGUGGGUGGGAGUAAAGACCUCUGUUCUCUUGUGUACAUGAGUGGGCAGACCAAUAAGUUGGGAUUUAUGUAUUCUGAGGCUUUACUGUUGAUGUAAAAAGAUCACGUAAUGCUUUUGUAGAAAUAAGGAAAUCCAAUUUACAUAUUUAAUUAAGAUAAGAGGUAUCAGAGGGGUAUUAAGCUGGUUUCUGAUUUGGAGGGAUCCAGGGGUCUCAUAGCAACAGCUUGGAGAUGCUGGGUAUAAAUAGCCCUGUCAUUGGCUCAUAUUGUUAGGUGAAAACCCGAGUGAAGUUGCCCACAGUUCUUCCAGCCUCUGCCAACUAAUGCAAUUCAAACAUGUUCUGAAUUCUAAUUGAUAACAUAAUUGAAUUAAUUUUCAUGUAGAAUUAAUAAAUGUUCUAAACUGGUAAUGUUUGGAUUUUCUGCUACCUAAAGGCUUAUCGUUGUACAUGCAAAUAAUUAAUAAGUCCUAUUCCACCUUUAAGUGUGAAGUAUGCACCACUUGUGUCCAUUAUCUUAUAUAUUUUACUGUAUACUCUGUCUUUCUGUGUGGUCAGGCUAGAGGCCCCCACCCGUUCCCUCCACCUGGAUGCUCCAAAGGGAGUCCAUAUCAAAGCAGUGUCCGGCAGUGCCCAGGCCGUGUCCAGAAUGGACAUCUCUCUACUCUCUAUGGAUGGAGUGGUAAGAAAGAGGCUGGGGGUAGAACAACUAAAUCUAGGAUAGCAUACAUGCCAACACUUAACUUCAGUGUCCUGAUUACAAUACUUAUUACACUGUAUUUACGAAUGUAUUUGCAUUGGAAUAAGGACACUGUAAAGCAGUGUUUCCAAAUAUAUUUCUUAUUAUUAGCAACAACAAAAAAACAUCAACUGUCUUCUUUUAAUUCAAUGUGCCCAAACGAAUAAUGAAUGGUGCAUCAUAGUGUGUAGGCUAUCAGUUUAAAUUAUUUCCCCCUCUUUCUGCAGUUGAUUCUGGAUGCUGAGAUGGUGCGGCUGCCCAGGUUACCUCUGAGUGGAGAGGGAGAGAGAGGAAGUCCUGGGGAGCAGCUGUAUGAAGUGUGUGUGUGUCCUGAUGGGAGACUAUACCUGUCCAAGGCUGGUCACACUUCCACCUGCCAUGACAACAGUCACAAGUGUUAACAGAACACACUCCAUUAUCUACCUGGGAUUGUCUUUAUACAGAAUAUCAUCAUAGAUAUACAGUCUCGCCUGAAAUGUAUGCAAAAUGCCUUUUUAGAAAAAUGUAAAGAAACAUGUACAUGCAUGGUGAUUGACUCUAGUGGCCACUUAAAAUGCCACCCAACUCUGCUGCUUGUUUUGUCUGGGAAAAGU